CGCCCAAGAUGGCGGUCGCAUGAACUUUCGCUCGUGUUUCUCUGGUACCGUGUAGCGAUUUUUGCACUACGACAGAGAGCUUUUAGAGUGUCCUUACUGGCUGUUAAACCAGGCAGCACUCGAGAGAGGACUGAGGAAGUCAAAGGAACAGAAGUGGCCGCCCGAAGCAGAAAAAGGAGACCAAGUCUUGAGAGGCACAUGCUGCCCCCCUCCCCACCGACGAGGCGCUUCACACUCAACGGGCCCUUUUACGGGCCCAUGCCGGGCGCCAGUGACUCUGCACCUAGAGGGCCUUGGCGGCAAGACGCGGCCUGCCUCUGUCUGUCGAGGCCAAGCACACGAACGGAGAGCUGCUAGCGGCGGCAAGGAAAGGGAGCAAGGGCCGCUCCGAAGCUCAUCGAAGGCAAGCAAAACUGCAACUUUGUAAAGUCAUUCCGGGCAAGAAAGGACAGAAAAGGAGACGGUGAAAGACCGGCAACAUGGCGGCCAGGUCAAACGACGAGCACACGGAGGAAGACUGUCGCCCCAUUUUCCUAAUCCUUGGAAGCGUCGUAAACAAGGAAAAGGGUGACAGAUUCUUGUCUGAGGAAGAGAUCUUCGCCGCUGUAGCAACUGCACUGAGCCAAACGGCAGCUGAACCCACGUCAGGGCCGAUAAAGUGCAUACAGAUAGCAAGGGGCCUAUGCAGAUUUUACAUUGAGGGGAAGUCCUGCAGAGCCAGAGUGCUGACAAAAGGGCUGGCGCUGAGAGGUAAGAGUGUUACUCUUCAUGAGAAAAACCCUUUCGUAAGAGCACCCAGGGGAACAAGGCUCACCGUCAAAGGAUUACCUUGGUCAGUUCAUGACUCAGUAAUCAAGUACACUUUAGAACAACAAUAUGGCUGCGAAAUAACAGAAAUACAGCACUGUCGUAUCAGGGUCAACGGGCGACUGACAGACUGCUGCAAUGGUGACAGAUUUGUCUAUAUCACCAAACUCAAGAAACCAAUACCAAACUACAAUGUUCAGAUGGGAAAGUUCAGAGUUAACAUUUUCUACAGACAAACUGCCAUGAUGAGACCUGAACCUGAGGAACAUGAUGAAAUGAUGCACCCUGCAAUACUGAUUGACAGCCAAGAAGAAUUCCCACCACUAAAACAGAGUACUCACGAGCCACUUGAUACAUCACAGCAUACUGAAGAGGCAAUACCGGCCAACUUUGGAGAAAACACAUUCUCCCAAGUAAACACCACAAAUGCAACAACACAUGCAGAUGUGCACAUGCCAGAGAACAAAAGUGAGGAUGAAGAAGAAAUGGACACAUCAGUUGAACAAGGAAAAGAGGGACAAAGUGGAAUGAAACAAGCGAAUAUAACAAAAUACAUGGGUCGAAAUAGUCAAGAAAUAGACACUUCAAGGAAAACCAAUAGAAAAAAGAAGAAAGAGAUCCCUGUGGAGACAAGGGUGCUGAUAUAG